GAUCUCGCAUCUGGCCUUGCUACUUUUCCAAGUCAUGCGCCCGCCCACAAGAGGGUUCAAAAGGCUCGGUUUUCACCUCCGGUGUCGAGUAGCCGCCAUCUUUGUAUCCGUUCAAAUACAAAAAUAAUAUUUAUUUUCAUUCACUAAGUUGAGAAAAUAAUUUGGUAUAGGAACUUAUGUCCGCAGCCUAAGAGCAUUCCUUUGAAGCCUUAUCGAGAUGUCGCUGGUGGAUUUGGGGAAGCGGCUACUUGAGGCUGCACGGAAAGGCCAGGACGAUGAAGUCAGGACACUCAUGGCCAACGGGGCUCCCUUCACCACAGACUGGCUGGGCACAUCUCCGUUGCACUUGGCCGCCCAACACGGACACUAUUCCACCGCCGAGGUGCUGCUCAGAGCAGGUGUCAGCAGGGAUGCCCGAACCAAAGUGGACAGGACCCCUCUGCAUAUGGCCGCUUCAGAGGGCCACACCGUCAUCGUGGAUCUAUUAGUCAGGAGUGGAGCAGACAUUAAUGCCAAAGACAUGCUGAAGAUGACUGCUCUCCACUGGGCCGCCCAGAACGGCCACCAAAGGGUAGCGGAGACGCUCGUCAAACAUGGCGCAGAUGUUCACGCUCUCAGUAAAUUCGAUAAGACGCCGUUCGACAUUGCAGGAGACAUCCAGAAUGCAGACCUUAUGCUCCUACUACAGGAAGGAAUGCAGAACCAGGUGAACAUGAACGCAGAGGCUGGCAUGACUGGGAGCUCGGCCCAGCCUCAGUUUAUCAUCCAGGGCAUCCCAGGGCUCCAGGGGGGCGUGGUCAACCUGGCGGACCUCCUCAACAACGCUGCCAAGGCCAACUCUGCAGUUGAAUCUGAGGAAGCCAUAGCAGCCAAUUCUUUGGACCCCGGCAGCAUCCAGCACAUGGUGAACGAGCAAGGUCAAAGGGUUAUCACCAUAGUGACCGACCAACACGGCAACCUGCAGACUGGAGGGCUUGGUCAGCCAUUCUUUGUCACCAUGCAGCACGGACAACAGAUGUUGGCGAUGCCAGCCAAUCAGGUGACAGAGGAGGUGGUUGAUGAGGAACCCCAGCCCCCGCCCUCCCGCAAGAGGAAACUGGAGGCCUCGGCCAACCACAUGGAGUCUGGAGACACGGAGCAGUUACAGAGGCAGCUGCAGGAGGCCAACCGGAAGGCCCAGGAGUACCGGCAGCAGCUGAUGUGCAAGGAGCAGGAAGCAGAGCAGUACCGGAUGAAGCUGGAGGCAAUGUCGCACAGCCAUACCAACGGCACCUCGGAGCAGGAGGAGGUGGUUGGGGGUGAGGAGGAGGUGCAGGAGGAGGUGAUGCUCCAGGAGGGAGACAUCAUCAUCAAGACGGAGGGGCUGGACUCGGCCGAGGAGCAGGUGACGCUGGUGGACUCGGCGCCCUCCCACACAGAGGUCAUCUCAUAAUGUCAGACAGACUGAUGUCACUGACUGAAGGAGAAAUGGACACGUGGACUCAGGCGACAGGCCAGCCUGUUGGUGUUUUCAUAGCUCUUUUGUUAAUUAUUUUCCUGCUAUGUUUUGUUUUUGUACAAUAUUUACUUUUUCUGCCGUUUUAUUUUCCUCAACUGUGUUUAUUUGUGUUUUAUUUUUUACAAAUAGCGAUGCGAGGAGCUGAAUAUAUUGAUUGAGGAGCAGGAACGGGACCUGCUCAGCCUGUGACUCUGUAAGGUUGCCUAGCUGAAGAACAUCUAUGCUCCCUGGGGAAAACGGGGCCUCGGGCGCUCGCUCUCGGAUAUCUAUGGUGUCUGAGACAUGUCAAUGUUGUGUGGGGAAAUGCAUUUUUCAUGGUUCCAACAGCAUGUCCUAAGGUGACCAAGAUGUACAUCCAAAGUUUAUUAGACACGUCCAUCCAUAGAACCAGAGGACAGGUCUGUUGGAGAGAACACUGUUUUGUUCAACUCCUUCAGGUCUCAAAAGUCUCCCUCUGCCUCAGUCUUCCAUCCAACCACCCACCACCAUGGGCAAUGGGAAUGGUACUUAAGCAUGCCCAUUUCCUAUUUCAAAAUAAUCCUCUUACAUGAGAAAUGACAGUGCAUGUAGUUGGCAACAGUCAUUCUCAGCAAUUGUUUCAAAGUUGUGAAUGGCAGUGUUUUGCCUUUCGUGGCACCACGUUAAGCUUUGUCCUCUAGUUGUCGUCGGUGCCACUUCCAUAGUGCGGUCGUGAUUGUAGGUUUACUGUUGCACAAGCCACAACUUUCCUCCCGCUGAUGUUGACACAAAGAUGAACUUCCCAUCGUUUUAAUGCCCCCGUGGCUUUAAUCACUAGUAGCCCCACUCCCCAGAGACUGACAGGAAUAAGGGUGUCUCAUAAAAUUAACGAUGUUGAUACACUAUAAACAAAAGUAUGUGGACUCCACUUCAAAUGAGUGGAUGUGGCUACUUCAGCCACACCCAUUGCUGACAGGAUAUAACAUUGAGCACACAGACAUGCGGUCUCCAUAGACAACAUUGGCAGUAGAAUGGCCUUACUGAAGAGCUCAGUGGCUUUCAAUGUUUCACUGUCAUAGGAUGCCACCAUAACAAGUCAGUUCAUCAAAUUUCUGCCCUGUUCGAGCUGUCUCGGUCAACUGUAAGUGCUGUUAUUGUGAAGUGAAAAUAUCUAGGCGCAACAACGGCUUAGCCGCGAAGUGAUAGGCCACACAAGCUCACAAAACGGGACUGCCAAGUGCUGUAGCGCGUAAAAAUCGCCUGUCCUCUCUUGCAACACUCACUACCGAGUUCCAAACUACCUCUGGACGCAACGUCAGCACAAGAACUGUUCGUCGGGAGCUUCGUGAAAUGGGUUUCCAUGGCCGAGCAGCCACGCACAAGCAAACCUAAGAUCACCAUGCGCAAUGCCAAGCGUUGGCUGGAGUGGUGUAAAGCUCGCCGCCAUUGGACUCUAGAGCAGUGGAAAUGCGUUCUCUGGAGUGAUGAAUCACGCUUCACGAUCUGGCAGUCUGGGUUUGACGUAUGCCGGGAGGAUGCUACCUGCCUGACUGCAUAGUGUCAACUGUCAAAUCUGGUGGAGGAGGAAUAAUAGUCUCGGACGGGCUAGGCCCCUUAGUUCCAGUGAAGGGAAAUCUUAACGCUACAGCAUCCAGUGACAUUCUAGAUGAUUCUGUGUUUCCAACUUUGUAGCAAAGGGGGGGACCAACUCCAUAUUAAUGCCCAUGAUUUUGGAAUGAGCUGUUCGACAAGCAGGUGUUCACAUACUUUUGGUAGUGUGUGUGCGUGUACACACAUUACCAAAAGUUUUUGAGAUGAGUUUUCAGUUUUUGAGAGGAGCGUGCAUCUUGUAUAAUUGACUUUUCACCAUGUCUAACUGGGCGGAUGAAAUACACCACCAAUUUUUGGUUUCAGAAUUGAAACCCCCUCAGAUAACCCCUUUACUUACCAGCCCCAAUACCUCUACUGCCCCUUUUGAAGUUAUUGGAGGAAGAGGCCUGCUGUUUUGCUGGAAUACUGUUCCUCUGGCCUAUUGCGCUCUCCACUCACUUAUUGUAAACAAAGACCUGUCUCUUCCUUUGUUCAGAAGUCAAUAUUCUUCAUGACUAAUAGUUAUAUUUUAUAAGCUCUCCACAAGCCUUUUUCUUAUGUACAUAUAAAAUUGUAUUUUUUUAAGUGUAUCUGAAUGCUAUGGGAUGUAAACUGCCUAUAUAUGAAAUAUAAGCACAUCUUUCAUUUGCAUCUCUUUGCUAGAUUGUAUAGUUGAACAUGUUUAGUAUGCACCAAUUUGAUGAAUAAUCAUAUUUACCAUGAUUUGACUGUUGUAGCUUUACCUGUUUCGCUACUGCUUUCACAGUUGUGGCCACUUGACCGAGCCAUGGAUGACUGUACUUUGAUUGCUUUGAUUAAAAAAACGAUAAACUGUCUUUAAAAUGUUAGAACUGGUAUCUGCCACGUGCUUUACCGUGUGUGUUGGAUAACCUCAGUCUUCUAAGAGAUGGAGAACUCCUGGCUCAGUACAAUUUCCUCUGUUUUAUGCAUUGUUCCAUAUGUUGACCAGCAGGUGGCACUACACUAACGGACUGAGGUCUGUGAAAUGACUGAACAGGGAUCAUAUAUCUAUAUUUCUUUCCCUCAAUCCAGUUGUUUUGCUACUAAUACAGAAUGUGGAACAACUGUAGAGUAUCCCACAGUGAUAUUGAAGCUUUAUUAAAUACUUAUUUUCUAACUCUCUUAUCGCUA